CAGGGAGCAACAAUCUCACGGAAAGCGGGCUUAAGUAAUCCUCAGAAGUUGACCAUUGUAAUCUCGCCGCAACGACGGCUUCCCGCAUCGGGGGACAAGAAAUCCGAUUCUGCAUCGGGGGCGCCAGUGAGUCGUCAUGCACAUCCGAAAGGGGGACCUCGUUCAGAGCCUCGUCCAGGUCCACCUCUACGGAUGCGGCAAGACAUCAGGAAGGACAAGGUCGAACUGGAGCUCGUAUUGCCCGCAGGCAUCCGCCGUCGCCUCAAGGGCCUUAAGAGCCACGAAGUCAAGCUUGACUCUGAGAUCCGCGAUGUCGUCGUUCCACGCAAGUUCAUGUCCGAGACGUGUGGUGGAAACGUACAAGCGCUCUUCCCUGCUAUCGCACAGUCGAAACGCGCCGCCCUGGGUGGACACAAGCACCAUCUUGUGUACCCGACGCUCAAGCGUAAUCCCGAGGCGCCGCAGAUGCCGGGGCAGCCUGGUCUGUUGUGCCGUGCGCUGACGACGGUUCCAUGGGAGGAUGCGGGCAUCCCGAAGCUCAAACUUGUCGUCGGAAUUGGCGAGUCGAUGUGGGGAUAUAUGGGUGACUACACGACAGAGGCUGCGGAACCGUUAUCCGCCAUGGAAUGGGAUGGCCUACCGGAGCAGACGAAGCGCACAUGGGCUACUGAUAUUGCGGCCGCCGAUAAGUACAUCCCUUUGCGCAGCCGAAUCAUCUUGCACGAGCGAUUGGGUCGGGAGCCAACUGAUGGCGAGGUCAACGAUGAAGCCGCCGUGAUCAAAGCAGGCCUCGGUUCCAGGAAGGAGCGUCCAAAGCCUACUAAAGACGAGAUACAACAGAUCAUACGGGCAUAUUCAUCUGGUAAACAGCUCAUCUAUAUCUGGCGCUUCAAGUGCGUCGGGUACGACGAAGCAUUUCAGCGGGACCUUGUCAGCAAGUUCUCUGCAUGGCGCCGCAGGCUCACCUCAUCUGAUCAGCCAGCUGGAGGGCCGCAGCCACCGUCCGUUAAGAGAGGCGGUCGUGCGCCUGUGCGCCGUAAGGAUAGCAAUGAGGGUAUUCAGGGCUCUUCCGCGACAGCAUCGGGCACUGGUCCGCGUAAAGGAGCCAAGAAACCAUCGAAACCCCAGACACCCGCCCGCUCUCGUGCGCCUCCAACUGGGGCUGCCGCGUCCAUCCCAUCUCCGCCCAUCACGCCCUCUCCCACCUCCGAAGCGCCUAAUGCACAGGAGAAGCAACCCGGGUGGCUGCUCGGCGAGUUGAGGGAACAGUUCUCCAGAAACCGCGAGACACGGAUCCUAGACUCCGAGCUCGCGCACUCGUUGCAUGAACGCAAACCUGGCAUAUGCGAAAUGAAGGCUCAAGGUCGAAUUGACCUCGGAGAGUUCCACUUGCUUAGAGAAUUCGUUCGAGCACACGGGUACGCUUGGGCUAACGACGGCUAGUUUCGGGGAGUGCAUGCUCCGCUGAACGCCACCUGCUGUCGAAUCGAUCUUCUCAGUUCGGUCGAACAAACAUCCUAUUGGGACAGUGCUUAAGGAAGGGGAUGAGCUUAUUCUGUGUAAUAUCGUUCAAUUUUCAUUGCAUUUUAUGCAAGCACACGUCAUGG